AUGCGCCUCUUCCUAAUUCCAAUCUCGACAAAACGAGUCCUCAUAUACGCCCGACCCUUGCGAAGGGAUCUCUCAAAAGAGUUGUCAUAUCUCGAUAGAAUUACGACAAAAGCCGCAGAAACAUGGGCCAAAUGGGAGGAAGCCGACAAAGGCUGGAAAAUGCAUCUUGUCCGCUGGGGUAAUCGAGUUCAGCAACGGAUACCAUACGAGGAAUGGGGCCUCAAGAGCAUUCCCUCACUCGAGGCGCAGCAGCGAGUCAACAAAGACCAUGGAAAGGUCAAAAUUGACGUGUUGUUCCCUGGAAACGCGAUGCGCUUGGAGCGAAUCUCUCCUGUGCUGCGCAAGAUAGCCACAGAGAGACAAGAGCUUCAUCGGAAGAAGAUGAUGUGGAGUAUGAUUGCUGCACCGAUCACAGCACCUCUUGGUCUUAUUCCAGUGGUCCCUAAUAUCCCUUUUUUCUAUCUGGCGUACCGAGGCUGGUCCCAUUGGCGCGCUUUGAAUGGUUCUAAACAUCUUGAAUUUAUCGUCGAAAAGAAUCUCCUCAACCCUAUCUCUUUACCGGAGUUGGAAGACCUAUACGCCAAACGGGCAUCACGAGCACUCGAAAAAACCGAGAUUGACACCCCUUAUUCCGAGAUUGCGGAGGACAUAGAACAAAGCGACGACCGGAUCUUGCUGAAAAUGUCCGAUGCUAAGAAGUUGGCUACAAUUCUGGAGGCCCCAGAGCUUGCAUUGGAGGCCGAGCGAGCAAUCAUCCAAGUCAGUGAACAACUCGAAGCUACGGCGAAGGCCAAGGAGGCGGAGAAGGAUGAGAAGAAAGACUCAUGA